CACGUGGCUGACUGGUUCAGUUUCACUUCCGCCUCUAGGAUUAAUAAACUGUUUUCUUCUGUUAUCACGUUUAAACUCUUGUGUGACACUGACCGGCUGGACAUAAAUUAUAUCCACUUUUCCUGCUUUACCGAUCACGCAUGGCUGUGUAUGCACUUUUUUAGGUGCUGCAAGAUCUACUUUAUCUGUAACUAGCUCGCUAGCCAGGAAACAGGAACUUGCUAGCAACCUUAAGUCACCUGGUCAGCUUUUAGCUAGUUUACUUUCAUAUUGCUUCAUCGUGCCUCCAACAUCAGCUUAAUAGAAGUCAUGGCCCAGUCGACAUGGUGGAGAUUGCUGGCUUUCUUUGUACUGAUGGUCACUAAAGCACAAGCAGUUGAGAACACGAGUAGGUGCAAGGUGAAAAAUAAUUCUGAGAAAAAAGUGCUCAGUGUCCUGGAGCCACUCACCAAUCAGAAUUUUACUGCUAAAACCAAAGAUGAGAUGGAGGAGUACACAUAUGUGUUCCAAGUGUGUGGUGAUGCAGAUGGGGUGAAAGAUGCAGGAGUGGUGCAAAAGAACAAGGACAAACAGCUGGUGGUCAUUGGGAAUUACAGUCUUACACAGGCUAUUAAAGGAAGUGACUGGAUAUUGCUGAUCUACCAGGGUGGAGAGAAAUAUCAUGAGCAUUGCUCACAGGGGGCCAGGAAAGCCGUGAUUAUGAUUUCCUGUGACAGAACUAAGACUGCGGGGCCACUGUCAGUGAUUCUGGAGGACAGAGAGCGGAAGUCUGACUGUUUUUACUUGUUCGAGAUGGACAGCAGUGCUGUGUGUCCUCCAAUUGAAUCCAAACUCAGCACUGGAUCCAUACUUCUCAUUGUUUGCUUCUCAUGCUUGGCCGUCUACCUCAUCGGUGGAUUUCUCUACCAGCGAUUGAUUGUUGGAGCAAAAGGAGUUGAACAGUAUCCAAACUAUGGCUUUUGGUCAGAAAUAGGCAACUUGUCAGCGGACGGAUGUGACUUUGUGUGCCGCUCCCGUGGCAGCAGAGAAGAGCCACCCACUUAUAGGGGUGUUUCUACUGAGCCUUUAGAAGAGCCAGAGGAAAGGGAUGACCAUUUACUUCCAAUGUGAUCACGGCAUAUAAUCCAGCGAGCUGACCAGUGGGUUGCUCAGGUGUAGGCCAGGAAGGCUUCUGUGUGUGUCAGUUAUUUAAUGCACUUAUCUUUAUGCAUUUCCUAUAUUGCUCUUAGACAUUUACAAGAAAGUGCUGUGCUUCAACAAAAUUUUAUGUUUUUCCUUGUGAAUUUGAAAAAAAUAUGCAGCAAAGCUGUUAACACUUUUUGAUUUUGUGUAGGACAAACUUUAGAACUGUCAUUCAUCUGAAAAGAUAUAUAAAUAAUUAUACUUCUUUACAGUUUUUGAUAGUAGACCUGUGCACACACAGUUCUUAAUUCAAAUUCGAUUUAUGCCCAAAGAAGCCUACAGACUGUAUCUUUAUGAAUUUGCUAAGUGGUUUAUUAAUACUUAUUAUUUGCAGUCAAUAUUUGAUAUAAAUUAACUGACCGGUUCAUGCUUCUGCCCCACUAAGCUUUCUUAACUGUAAAUAUGAAUUAUAUUGAUUUAGUGGUUACUUCUGCAUUCAGAUGUUGUUGCUGUGGGCCACUAAUGAAAACACUGGAAAACACACUGCAGCACUAAAGUAUACAUGCAAAGAUGAACCUAGUCAAUGCAGUGACUUUCAACGUGUUACACUUUUUUUAUAACAUAACAUAUAUUAUUAUGAAUGUUUCUGUCAGAAUGGCUGUUAAGCCAAUGGAGAAGAUGGCUACAUUUUGCUUAAGUAUAGAGAGCAAAAUACUUUGGGUACUGUAUGUGAUAAUGGAAAUUCUAAGGAUAAAUGUCAUCAAAUGACAAGGCUUAGUCUUUGACUAAUCAGUGGAAAUUUGGAUUAUUAAAGUGUGUCUGGAAAACAAACCUAUAUGUUAAUUGCAAGUAUUUGGGGAAUGAUCAAUUCUGUUUUUCCCCCUUUUACUGAGUUUUGUAGGUGUUUAAAUAAGAACUUGGGAUGAGUUUGUGCAUUGCAGAGUAGGACUGUACUGUGAUUAUUUGCACAAAAACAGAAUGAGGUUUAAGAGUGAUCAGACCUUAAAAAAAGUACUUCCAAAGUUGUAUAAUAUUGACAUUGUUUGCACUUGAACUAAAUGGAACCAUGAUGUUCUUUUAAAGAUGGUAUAAAGAAAUUCUCGCUUAUGUACUCGUAAUGUAGUUUAAAUAGCAGUUUAAAAAAUACAGACUUGGCUGGCUUACAUCCCUCUCUCCCCCAUAACUAAAGCUUCAGUUUGGAAAAAGCUUCCAAUUUAAGACCAGACCUCUGUCUUUGUCUAGGAACCUAGUUCUGUAUCAGACUGCAAGUGUGUUUCAAAUUAGGAUACAAACAUGCUAACAUUUGCAUUAGUCAAAAUCACAAGGUACAACUCAAACGAUUUUGUAAAUUUUGACAAGUUUAUGAAAGUCUGUUAAUCCAAACUGAAUAUAAACUUUUUAUGGUGGGGUGAAAUUAGUUUGAAUAAAGCUUUUGAUGAUCA